CCAGUCACACGAGGAGGGGCGGGGUGAGGCGGCGCUGGCCAGGAUUCUGCGGCCAUUAAACUGGCCUCGGUUGCGGUGGCUGCCGGCUUGCCUCCCCAGUGCGCGAGGUGGGUGGAGCUGUUAUUUCUGAGACCUAAAGAAAGGCAUCCACGCAGUUGAUAAACUAAAGCUGAGCCCUAGUUGGUCCACAUCGCGAGAAAGAAGAUGCGAGCUCCUAUUCCAGAACCUAAGCCUGGAGACCUGAUUGAGAUUUUCCGCCCUUUGUACAGCCACUGGGCUAUCUACGUUGGUGAUGGAUAUGUGAUCCACCUGGCUCCCCCAAGUGAAAUUGCGGGAGCUGGGGUGGCCAGCAUCAUGUCCGCUUUGACUGACAAGGCCAUAGUGAAGAAAGAACUGCUGUACGAUGUGGCCGGGAGCGACAAGUACCAGGUCAAUAACAAACAUGAUAACAAGUACAGCCCACUGCCUCCCAGUAAAAUCAUCCAACGAGCAGAAGAGUUGCUGGGGCAGGAAGUUCUCUACAAGCUGACCAGUGAGAACUGCGAGCACUUUGUGAACGAACUGCGCUACGGGGUCUCCCGCAGUGACCAGGUCAGAGAUGCAGUUAUGGCGGCAGGCAUUGCUGGAGUGGGCUUGGCAGUCUUGGGCCUCAUCGGAGUCAUGUUCUCAAGAAACAAGAAACAGAAGCAGUAGAGGAAAUGACUGGCCGGCCAGGAAUGGCGUUAUGCAGCAAGGGAUCUUCUUUUGCUACAGAGUUUGGGUUUGAUUUGUGGAUUUCACUGUUUUCUAAUUAGGCUUAACUUUCACAGAACACAAUAAAGCACAAGAGGGGGAUUGUUCUAGAAGGAAUGGUA